AUGACUUCUACACCCCCAGACCGCCGACCAAUAGUCAUCUCCGGCCCUUCAGGCGUCGGCAAAGGAACGUUAGCCCAAAAGCUCCUUGACACACACCCCGGUACAUUCGCAUUUAGCGUGUCCCACACCACGCGCAGUCCGCGGCCCGGUGAGGUCGAAGGUGCCAACUACUACUUUGUCUCCCCUGCUACAUUCUCCUCACUAAUCUCGCAAUAUGCAUUUGUCGAACAUGCGGUUUUCAGUGACCAUCACUACGGAACUAGCAAACAGACUAUUGCAGAUCAAAUGGCCAAAGGGCUGGUGGUCGUGCUCGAUAUUGAGAUGACAGGUGUCAAGAAUUUGAAAGCCGACUCUGGUAUUGAUGCGCGCUACGUCUUUAUCAAGCCGUUGAGCUUUGAGGCACUUGAGGCGCGGCUUAGGGGUCGUGGUACUGAGAAGGAGGAUGAUCUACAGAAGAGGUUGAACCAAGCUAGAGUUGAGCUUGAGUACGCGAGCACGCCGGGCGUGUAUGAUAAAAUCAUUGUCAAUGAUGAUCUUGAGAGAGCGUAUAAGGAAUUGGAAGAGUUUGUCUAUAGGCCGAUGUCCUAG